AUGAGCCCCUCUCAAUUAUCGCGCGAGGAAUUCACGUGCGCUUAUCAGGGUUAUCAUGGUCGGCUCAUCGUUAGUUUCCAUAACCUAGCAUUCAAUAGUGAACAAUUAAACGUGGAUUUCCCCUGGGAAUAUGUAAAACACAUCAAAGUUACGACGAAGCACCUCAAGGAGGUGCCCACUACCAUGCUCGAAAUAAAAGUCUCCCGGAAUAAGCAGCAACCCUCUCAGAAGCCGCAGAUUGAUGGCAAGCAGUACUUCUACGGCUUUGAGGAUAUCGUAGUCGUCGAGAGGGAAAUACAGAAAUUUAGGAACGCGGCAAGCACCGCAGACCACGCCAACGAUGAUUCGGCUCCGGUAGGAGCCGACAAAAACGCAAAUACUACCAGUGCGCUAAUGUCAAAUGCAAAAACAAAUGCGACUGGCCCCCGCAAUGGGCAUCAAGUCGGGACUUCGUCAUUUGUACAAUGUGAUCGUGCAACCAACGGUGAUGCGGCGGCCGCUUCACCAGGGUCUCCCAUGGAGGAUGGUGAUUAUGUACAUGGUGUGUCUCGCAGCCGCCAAGGAGCUCAUACCGCUCGUGAGGGUGAAGAGGACCGGCGGAGCAACCUAUUCGCCCCCAACGCUACUGGUAACCCGCUGUUUCUACUUACAAAGUCGCGACCUCCUGACAGGGAACACAAUUCUCCGGGUUAUGGCCAACAAAAUCAGCAACUACAACCUAAGCAUGAGAAAAGGCAAAAAUGUCGGGCUGUGUCCUUCCUGCGCCGACUUCUACCGUUGAAUAGCGCCUAUAUUUCAGAUUCAGGUCUUCAGGUGAUUAUUGGCUUUUUGUUAGUGAUAGUGCCGGUGCUAUUCAUAUUAGUGACGAGUAUGGAAGGCCGGUGGGAAUCUCCUUCCGAGGGAAAAUUGGAGAAGGUUAUUCGUGACCUGGAGAGCUUGCAACGAUGGCGCAAAGGGCAGCAGCAGCAGAAACACGGAGGGACCGUGUCACAGACUUCCGAGGCCCCGGUGCACGUAACGUUGAGUGAUCUAGCAGAGGGUGUUAAGGAACUCACUCGCCGCUUUGUUGACCGUCAACAUGAGCUUACUGCCCUGCGGUUGCGGCACCUGCAACGGGAGGUUCCUAACGAUGUAUCCCCACUAACUGGUAUGGGGGGUGUGACCUUAAGUGAAUUGAAUGCUGCUGUUGAUGAAGGCGCAAAGGAAGAGGACAUUGAAAAUGGAAACGGGAAAACGAGCACAGUGGAGACUGAACAGCAACGACAACAGCAAACGAGAAGGUUUUCAUUGGCUCGUGUGAAGCAUGAUUUGUACCGUGCUGCAUCGCUUGUGCAAAAGAUCUUAUCCUUUGCUCAUUGGAUUAUUACUGGGGGCGGGAAAGUGAAGCAAAAUUCUUACGAUGUGCCUCGUGCGACCCCCUGGUUUUUUGGCAUUUUGGGCGGUGGCGGGAAUGCAGCACACCAUCAUAAAAAACGGAAAUUCGUUCGGUAUGUGGAGCGGCUUCCCAACGGGCAAAGUGUAACUGAAUAUGUUGAUGAAGAGGAGUUGGAGGAACGUCGCACAUGCAUCAGACUCACACGUAGCCUUGUUGCAUCCGCCGACUUAUUGGACGGCGUGCUACUACAGUACAUGGGGGUCGUAAUGAUGCCGCAGUACGAGGCAUACCUUAAUUUAAUGCAAGCAAGUACUGGGGUUUCCUUCGCAUCCUCACUGGACUCUAAUGGUGCCUCACCAUCUCCUUCUUCCUCUUCCCGACCAUCGGCGGGACAGGGGGACACUGUGGGAUCGGAGGCAACGGGAGAACAAGGGCCCCGUCUCUUGAAAACUAUCGCGCUUCGUCGCCAUGCCUCCCUAUUGCUGGAGAUGGAGCCACUAUCUUCGUGGGGUCAUGGAUAUAACUCGCAGGGGUGGAAGGGUCAGCCUGAUCCUUCCAACCACGGGUCAAAAAACGAAGGGUAUGAGGUGCCCCAGUCUGUGGCGGGAAACAAGAGUAUUUCUAAAAUACUGAAUGAGUUUUUGCUCGCGACGCAGAACAAGUUAUUGAGCGGCGUUGACACGAGCACACCGCGGUUGAUGUUCAGAAACAUUCUCAAGGAGGUUAGGUACUGGUCCAGGCACGAGGAGGAUUGGCAAACUCUCGUAUUGUGGCAACUUAACAGGACAAACACAAACAUUACAAACAGCAAUCACACCCAUGAACGACUCGAGGCUGAGACACUGAAAGCCAUGGAUGAUAUGCCAUUGUUUCGCGGUCAAUGGUGCUUUCUUGAGAAGCCUAUUGCUUCACCACUAGAUAGUGCCAGCGGACGUAGAAACACCGACCGUACAGAGGAUCAUGACACGCGUUCAGUUGAGUCGGCACCCAGGGAGGCGGUGUAUUCUUCACACAACAGCAAAGGGAAGGAAACUCAAGGAGAGGAUGGACUUGCUUGUUCUGCGGAAGCGGUGGCGUCGUUUCCCCGGGGAAUCCACUCAUCAUUCCUUCCCAAUAUCAAAGCAGUCGGUUGUCAAAAGAGGGGCAGUGGGUCGGUGGAGAAUCCCGGUGAAGAUUUGAAGUAUGGUUCAAAAGGAGAUGCUCUUGGUCGCGAGGAAGAAACUGGGGAAAGCCAUCCACUCGAUGAUGCAGCGGACGAUGGUCGGGCUCGGCUCCGUAAUGCGGAGUAUAUAUCCCGAGAGGUUCAGUUGCGCUGGAAGAAUGCGUUAGAGUUGUUUUUUAGUGCUCACAACCCUGAAAAAGAUCAGUGGCAUGAGAGAGAUGCAAGGCAGAAGUGGACCAGCGCUGGAAGAGGCGGCACUGACUCAUGGUGGGAACGAGAAGGUGUGAUUAAUGACGAGAACACGGACGGUCAGGACGAUGGAAUGUCUGCCGAGGAACGCGAUAUGGUAAAGAUUCGGAGGCGGCUUCUGCAACUUUUUGUAUAUGUGGGUAGGCGCUACGACCAAUACCUCUUUGUCCCUGCUUCCUCAUACCCAUGGUCAGCUGCCGCAUUUCGGAAAUGCACGUCGGAGGAUUUUGGCUGUCACUUUUGGUUGCGAUCAUCUCUGUUUUCGUUCUUUUGGCCAUCGUUGUGGUUUCAUACAGAAUGGUUAUCACAUCCCAUGCACGAGUGGCUGCGGCGGAUCAAGGGGAGAGAUCCCGUCAUCCGCCACCUGUUUCGCGAGUUGUUGCAUAUACCGUUGGGUGAAGUGGAGGAUGUUUCAUGGGUGCUGUUGAACACAAUGACGACUUCGCAGGAAUUGCUUGAGGUUAAGCACAACAUCUGUGCUUUAAUGUAUCGUCUCGUUUUCGUCCUGACCGCUGUCAUUGUGGCGACUGUUGCUUUUUUCCGUUGUAGCCACUGA